CUUCUCUUUUCACCCACACAUCAUGUCUCAAGCGGCAAAGGAGAACGCCGGCAGCGCCCAGGUGCUCGAGCAGCUGCUCACAAAGCUCUCUGUCUCCAAGACCGCCGACGAGGCCAAAGGCGCCUCGCAGGAGAUUGCCACCUUCAUUAAUGGCGACAUCCAGGAGGCCGAUGCGCCUACCAAGGCCGUCGACAGCCUCAAAAAGAUGCUGAACAACAAGAAGGACGCUGGCGCCCGACAAAACGCCUGCGAAGCCAUUGCCACCAUCGCAAAGCACUCCGAUGUCUCCGUCACAGUCGAGCCAUACCUCGUGCAGCUUCUGCCAGCCGUGCUCGCCGCCGUGGGCGACAAGAUGGCCGCCGUCAAGGUCGCCGCACAAGACGCCGCCAUUUCCAUCACCAAGGCUGUCAACGCCAACGCCGUCAAGCUCCUCAUUCCACACUUUGUCAACUCGAUCCGCACUGCCCAGAAGUGGCCCGAAAAGAUGACCGACCUCGAGUGCAUCGAGGCUCUCACCGAGAGCGCUUCCGCACAGGCUGCCUACCGUGUCCCAGACCUGAUCCCCAUCGUCUCUGAGGCCAUGUGGGAUACCAAACCAGAAGUCAAGAAGAAGGCAUACAGCACAAUGGAGAAAGUGUGUGCGCUCAUUGUCAACAAGGAUAUCGAGCGCUUCAUUCCAGAGCUCAUCAAGUGUAUCUCCAAGCCAGAGAACGUCCCCGAGACGAUUCACUUGCUCGGUGCGACCACUUUCGUCACCGAUGUGCACGAGCCCACCCUCGCCAUCAUGGUGCCUCUGCUCGAGCGUGGUCUCAAGGAGCGUGAGACUGCCAUCAAGCGUAAAUCCGCUGUCAUUAUUGACAACAUGUGCAAGCUGGUCGAAGAUCCCAACAUUGUGGCUUCUUUCUUGCCAAAGCUGAUGCCACAACUCAACCACAACAACGAGAACUUGGCUGACCCCGAGGCCCGUGAGAAGACCAAGCAGGCUCUUGACACUUUGAUCCGUGUCGGUGCUGUUAAGGACGGCAAGAUCCCCGAAGUCGCUCACGACUCGGAUGUUGAGACUGUCCUCGCCAAGCUUAAGGACAUUCUCAGCUACAAGCACAAGGAUACCGUCGAGAAGUUCGCCACCAUCGUGGAAUACAUUGCUGCCAUCGGUGGCCAGCUUAUUGACGAGAAGGAGGUGGAGGCAGUCAGCUGGACAACACACUUGCUCCCAUAUGUUAGCGCAGUUGUUGGCGACGACGCCGCCAGCAUUGUCGACCAGCUUCGCAAGCGCUCUCUUCCCGGUGCUCUUGCCGAGGACGAAGUUGAGCCCGAUGAGGAGGAGGGUGUCGACCUUUGCAACUGCACCUUCAACUUGGCCUACGGCGCCAAGAUUCUUCUCAACCAGACGCAUCUGCGCUUGAAGAAGGGACAGCGAUAUGGUCUCCUUGGACCCAACGGUUCCGGCAAGACCACUCUCAUGCGUGCCAUCAACAACGAGCAGGUUGAGGGUUUCCCCAAGCAGAGCGAAGUCAAGACUGUCUACGUUGAGCACGAUUUGGACUCUGACGACACUGAGAUGACCACGAUCGAGUGGACGCUGAAGAAGCUCGCAGAGGCAAACAUCAAGAUCCCAGAGGACCAGGUCCGCAAGACUCUCGACGAUUUCGGAUUCGUGCCAGAGCAAGUCAACGGUGUCAUCACCGCUCUUUCUGGUGGAUGGAAGAUGAAGCUCGCCCUUGCGCGUGCUGUCUUCUCCGAGCCUGACAUUCUCCUGCUCGACGAGCCCACCAACCACUUGGACGUGAAGAACGUGAAGUGGCUCGAGGACUACCUGACAUCCUCGCCAUGCACAUCUAUUAUCAUCUCUCACGACAGCAAGUUCCUUGACAACGUGGUGCAGCACGUCAUCCACUACGAGCGCUUCAAGCUGAAGCGUUACCGCGGCAAGCUCUCCGAGUUCGUCAAGCGCGUGCCAUCGGCUAAGUCUUACUACGAGCUCGGUGCUUCCGAGAUGGAGUUCAAGUUCCCCGAGCCAGGUUUCCUCGAGGGUGUCAAGACCAAGGCCAAGGCCAUUGUUCGUGUCAGCAACAUGAGCUUCCAAUACGAGGGUACACCAAAGCCACAAAUUCAGGAUGUUACCUUCCAGUGCUCGCUCGGCUCCCGUAUUGCCGUCAUUGGUCCCAACGGUGCUGGAAAGUCCACUUUGGUCAACGUCCUCACGGGUGAACUUAUCCCAACCAAGGGUGAUGUCUACCAACACGAGAACAUCCGUAUCGCCUACAUCAAGCAGCACGCUUUCGCACACAUCGAUCACCACCUCGACAAGACGCCAUCGGAGUACAUUCAAUGGCGUUUCCAGACUGGUGAGGAUCGCGAGACCAUGGACCGUGCCAACAAGAUCGUCACCGAAGACGACGAGAAGGCCAUGGACCGCAUCUACCGGAUUGAGGGCUCGCAACGUCGCGUCAUUGGUGUUCACUCGCGAAGAAAGUUCAAGAACUCGUACGAGUACGAGUGUUCUUUCGCUCUUGGUGACAACAUCGGCAUGAAGAACGAGAAGUGGACACCGAUGAUGACAGCUGACAACGCAUGGAUUCCACGUAACGAGCUCAUCCAGUCUCACCAGAAGAUGGUGGCUGAUGUCGAUCAAAAGGAGGCGCUUGCCAGUGGUCAGUUCCGCCCUCUUGUCCGCAAGGAGAUUGAGGCCCACUGCACCAACUUUGGCCUUGACGCUGAGCUUGUCUCUCACUCGCGUAUGCGUGGUCUGUCUGGUGGUCAGCGUGUCAAGGUCGUCCUUGCCGCUUGCUCGUGGCAGCGUCCUCACUUGAUCGUCCUCGACGAGCCUACCAACUACCUCGACCGUGACUCUCUUGGUGCUCUCUCCAAGGCCAUCAAGUCGUUCGAGGGUGGUGUCAUCAUCAUUACUCACUCUGCUGAGUUCACCAAGGAUCUCACUGAGGAAGUCUGGGCUGUCAUGGACGGACGUAUGACUCCAUCUGGUCACAACUGGGUGCAAGGUCAGGGUGCCGGACCUCGUCUGACUCAGGGUGACGACGAGGAGGAGAAGUUCGAUGCUAUGGGCAACAAGAUUGAGAACACCAAGAAGGCGAAGAAGCUCACUGCUUCGGAACUGCGCAAGAAGAAGAAGGACCGUAUGGCUCGCCGCAAGAAGGGUGAGGAGGUAUUCAGCGACGAGGACGACUUCUAGAUGUCGUCAGCGACUUUGGUGUGUUUGGCCAGCGACACGAUGCAUGGAGGUACGGCGUUUUGGGAACCUGUGGAAGGUUAUGUGUGCUUUCAGUACGAUGCAAAAGCGACGAGAUUCCCUACGAGUUUAGAUGACUAGAGCGGUAGAUCUCUCCGAGAAUGAUGAGUUCAAAGCAUCUCG